GACGGAGCUGUGGGGGUGGCGCCCCGGCCGCUGCUCUUCUGUUUGGGUUGGAAGCUCAGCUGAUGACGGCCGGCCGGAGUGGACGUCCUCGCCGGGAAGUCCUCGCCGGGAAGAGGCGCGUCGCCACUGCCGCCCAAGUAGUCGCGGCCUGCAUUUCGGUAAGACUAUGAAUUACGGCAUUUCUUAAGUGAAACAUUCGGGAAUGAAGUGAAAAUCGUAACCUAUAGAAAAGAAAUGAUUUUUAAGUUAUGUCUAUUAAUUUGACUGUAGAUGUAUAUUAUAUUUACCUCCUUAGUAAUGCGAGAAGACUUUGUGGGAAGCAGCUGCAUCUGUUGUGCUCACCUGAACGUUACUGGAGGGUAAGCCACUUCGGUCCACAAAGAGGGUUUCAUACAAGCAGAGUAAGGUGUAAAUGGACCCACGGUGAAGCACAUCCUUGGGGCAAGCACUGUUCCUCACUGAGCCACCAUGGUUUACGUAUUGGACUUUUGAAACUUAGCACUUCUGCCCCCAAGGGACUAACAAAAGUGAACAUUCGUAUGUCCCGCAUUAAAAGUACUUUGAACUCUGUUUCAAAGGCUGUUUUUGGCACUCAGAAUGAAAUGAUCUCACGUUUAGCUCAAUUGAAGCCAAGUUCUCGAACCUUAAGAAAAGUAUCGGAUAGUGGCUGGUUAAAACAGAAAAACCUUAAGCAAGCCAUCAAAUCUUUGAAGAAGUAUAGCGACAAAUCAGCAGAAAAUACUUCUCUUUCAGAAAAGCAACGUCCUGUUCUUGCUGAAGAUACAGGUAAACAAAGCCUUUUUCAUUACACACGUAGUAUAACCACAAAAUUUGGAGAGUCAUUCUACUUUUUAUCAAGUCAUAUUAACUCCUACUUUAAACGCGAGGAAACAAUGCCUCAAAAAAAAGAAAAUAAACAUUUCCAGGACAAAUCGGAACUGGAAGAUACAAAGGUUGAAGAAGAGAAAUCUAGCUCUUCGGAUCUUGGCUUCCUGGUGGGUAAGCUAGAGUCAGAAUCUUCCUUACGUUCUGAGGACAAACCCGCAAGUCCCAGCGGGACACCUGAAGCUCUUCCAGCUUCUACCAAACAGAGUAUUGCCAGCUUUCUUUCUCGUCCCACUGAAGGUGUACAGGCUCUGGUAGGUGGUUAUAUUGGUGGACUUGUCCCCAAACUGAAGUACGAUUCAAAGAGUCAGCCAGAAGAACAGGAAGAGACUGUUAAAGUCGAGCAACCUGCCAGCAAAGACAAAAAUGCAGAGGAGAAAAAGCGGUUAUCUCUUCAGCGAGAAAAGAUCAUUGCAAGAGUGAGUAUCGAUAACAGAACCCGGGCAUUGGUCCAGGCAUUGAGAAGAACAGCUGACCCAAAGCUCUGCAUUAACAGGGUUGAAGAACUGACUUUUCAUCUUCUAGAAUUUCCUGAAGGAAAAGGAGUGGCUGUCAAGGAAAAAGUUAUUCCAUAUUUAUUACGAUUGAGACAGGUUAAGGAUGAAACUCUGCAGGCUGCAGUUAGAGAAAUUUUGGCCUUAAUUGGCUACGUGGAUCCAGUGAAAGGAAGAGGAAUCCGAAUUCUUACGAUUGAUGGUGGAGGGACAAGGAGGCGAUUUGACCACCUGAGGACAUUUGUCAAUGUCCGGAGGCUUGUUGGGUUGUCGCAGCUGGGGGACUGCCACUCGCAUCUGGUGAGAAGAGGGCAGUCACUGCUAAGUACCCUGCAGGGCACAGGACAGUCCCUACAGCACAAACUUGUCCGGCCCGAGAUGUCACUCAUGCUGCAGAGGACCCUGAAAAUAACAAGUUCAUCCUACCUCCGUGCCUUUACCCCUGCCAUGUCCUGUCUUGGGGACAGAAUGGGAUCCUCACUAAUGAUUGAAACAGCAAGAAAUCCUACAUGUCCUAAGGUUGCUGCAGUAAGUACCAUAGUGAACAGAGGGAUAACGCCAAAGGCUUUUGUGUUCAGGAACUAUGGUCACUUUCCUGGCAUCAACUCUCACUAUCUGGGAGGCUGUCAGUACAAAAUGUGGCAGGCGAUCAGAGCCUCGUCUGCCGCGCCCGGCUACUUUGCCGAGUACGCACUGGGAAAUGACCUUCACCAGGACGGAGGCUUGCUUCUGAAUAACCCCUCCGCGCUGGCCAUGCACGAGUGUAAAUGUCUUUGGCCAGACGUGCCCUUGGAGUGCAUCGUGUCUCUGGGCACCGGGCGGUACGAGAGUGACGUGAGAAACUCGGUGACGUACACGAGCUUGAAAACCAAGCUGUCGAACGUUAUCAACAGUGCGACGGAUACAGAAGAAGUCCAUGUGAUGCUUGAUGGUCUGUUACCUCCUGACACCUAUUUCAGAUUUAAUCCUGUAAUGUGUGAAAACAUACCUCUAGAUGAAAGCCGAGACGAAAAGCUCAACCAGCUGCAGCUGGAAGGGUUGAGGUACAUAGAAAGAAAUGAAGAAAAAAUGAAAAAACUUGCAAAAAUAUUAAGUCAAGAAAAAACAACUCUGCAGAAAAUUAAUGACUGGAUAAAACUAAAAACUGACAUGUAUGAAGGCCUUUCGUUUUUCUCAAAAUUGUAAGAAGUACGUGUGUGUGUGUAGCUCUCUAAAUGAGGGCCUGGUCAGAGGAUGCAGUGAGGCAUUGUGGGGUUCAUGAAUUUGAGAUACUGGAGAAUCCUGAAGAAAGACGUGCUCAAAUCAGCCUGGAUGGCACAGAGGGUGUGCUGGGUUACAGAAUUCUUACGGGAGUAGGUUCUUCUGGUGUUCAUAAUUAACAGUGUUUUAGGAAUCUUAAAUGUGCUAGUUGGUUUUGGUAGAUAUCGGUGUUCUGUUGUUUGAUAUUUGAAAAUUUAUUAAUAUGUGUGCCAAGCAAGAACUGUUACCCUACUACAUGUGAUGUUUUUGCUUUAGUCACCAUAAUCAUGUUGAAUUUGUUUGAUCACUGGUUUUCUGUCGUGUGGAAAAGCUCAUUUCUUAAAUCUCCAUCACUGACAUUUUGACUAGCUAUAUUCUAGAAUCCAAAUGCUGACUUUUAUUGUAAUAACCUCAGACGGGGUGCAGAAACAUGGAAUAUUCUCUGUCAGAAGACUUUUACAUUUGAAAUAUGGAAGAACCAGAUACACAAUUCUAUUCAAAAUGUGUUUAUUUCAACACUGUUUGGGUCAUAAAGAUAGGUGAGGUUCCACCUGAAAUUUAAAGAUCAUGCUGGGGGUUAACUUUUCCAACUCUAACUUAUCCAUUCACUGUUAUAAACUUGUUUGAAUUUACUGAGAAAAGAUCCCUGUCGUUAACAGAAAUAAACUAUUGAAAUACUGUGUUGUUAAA